AUGACUUUUAAUACCGAAUUUGAGUUCAUGGAUUCAAGAUUAAAUCAAGCUGGUUUUGUUGGAAGUAAUCUAUCUCUGUGCAUCGACGCAAACCACCUAAGUACUGAACUGGGUCGUAUAGAGUCGGAGCGUCUAUAUCACAUAGGCUACGAGGAGUAUCUGGCCAUGGAAGCGUGCUUGGCGCGAGCGUCGGGCAGAAUAGCAAUAAGCACGCGAUCGGGAUCAGUCCGUAUCAGGCUGAAAAAACUAUGGAAUUUGGAAUGCUUUCUUGAUUGGAUCGACAGACUGGUGUUAUUGGCCGCUAAUGAAGUCUGCCAGCCGACGACUGCAGCUUCCCGAGCGACUAUGCUGCAGCUUUGGGUAAACACAGCUCAAUGCUGUCAAUUGAGUGGAAGAGUUUUAACGUGCGCUGCAAUAGUCGCAGCACUUACUAGUGAAGUAGUUCAAAGACUCAGGGAAACG